AUGUCAACCUUUGCUGAUAGACCCCUGUUUCACGACGGUGGGAAACAAUGGAGCUGCUGCAAACAGCAGAGUCACGAUUUUAGCUUGUUCUUAAGCAUUCCAGGCUGUACGCAAGGAAAGCACACAUCAGAGAAACCAAAGCCAGCUCCCAAGCCAAGCAAAACUUUACCCAGGGAGACGCCGGCAUGCUUGAGAUGCAAACAAGGUUUCUACUGUUCAGAUCACGGAAUAAAGGCUGCGGAAAGGCAUUCACCGAGCGAGAGAACCAUGAAACUGCUUGCAGUUAUCAUCCGGAUGAUAGCUGUUUUUCACGACAGAUCGAGAGGAGAUAUUGACACUGCGCGUGAAUUGGAACAGGUGUAUACGGCGUAA